AGAAGAAGAAGAAAAAUGACAAAGUUGAUUUGUAAUAUUUGUAACAAUAACAUAAAUAAAUCUGGUUAUAAAAUACAAUGUGCUGGGCAAUGUAAGAGCUGGCAUCACUUAGAAUGCACUGAGCUAAGUGCAGCAGAUGUUAAAAAGUUGGAAAAAAGAGAAAUUGAGUGGAAAUGCGAAGACUGUAAAAGUGAGGUUAACUCCAGUACAAGCAAAGAAAAUACUGCAACAAUUAAUGAUAUUCUUAUGGAAAUACGUUUAGUUAAAGCCCAAACGGAUCAUAUAACAACAUUAAAAGAUGAAAUUAAAGAGCUGCAAAAAACAAUACAAUUCCUAAGUGAUCAAUAUGAUGAUCAAAAAAAACUAAACGAGGAGUAUGAGAAGACAAUAAAAAACCUUAAAAAGGAAAACAAUGUACUAAAAAAGGAUGUGGAAGAAAUAAAAAGGAUAAUGUUAAAGCAAGAAGUAGGAAGAAGAUCUCAGAACUUAGUAAUAAUGGGGGUUGAUUCUGAAAGUGGAAACAACAAACAAGGAGUAUCAAUGGUUUUGCAUAAAGUUAUGCAAGACUUUCAUGAAGAACAUAUUAAAGAAAUUAUAAAGGUAAAUAAAACAGAAGAAAAUAAAGUAUUUAUAGUUAAAUUAGAAAGCCAAGAUAUAAGGGAUCGCAUAAUGGAAGCAAAAAAGAAAAUCAAAAAGUUAACAAACAAAGACUGUGGUAUAAAUGAAAAUGACACAAAUACAAUUUUUAUUAAUGAAGAUUUACCAUAUGAAAUACAAGCAAUAUUUAGAAAAGCCAGAGCAUUAAAAAAAGAAAAUGAAUACAAAUUUGUCUGGUGCAAAAAUGGACAGAUUUCCGCUCGCAAAGACGAAAAUAGCAACAAAAUCAAAAUAAAUAGCAUAGAAGAUGUAGAAAAUCUACAAAAAUAGAAAUAAAACAAUUUCACUUACCUAUAAAUCUAAAAAUGUUGUGAACGUCAAAGAACAUUUAUCAGUAAAAUUCAACACAUUAAAAUUUAAUAUACUAUACUUAAAUAUACGAAGCCUUAGAAAUAAACUGGAUGAAUUAAAAGUAUUAUUAAGUAAUUACAAUAAUCCAGAAAUAGUAAUUCUCACAGAAACUUGGUUAAGAAAUACAGAAACACAAUAUUAUACUUUUGAUAAUUAUACAACUAUUCAUUCUUGCAGAGAA